GUCGUCUUGCACAUGCAGGAAGUGCUCCAUCAAGGGAAGCGGAGGCAAAGAUGGCAGCGCACAGGUGCGGUUUGGCUCUAGCAUUUAUUUUGUUAUUUUUUGUCUUAGUGCACCGCGGCUCCUGUGAUGUUCUUGAAAAAUCAGAUGAUAAUAGAGAAGAAAAACAAAGCGCUUCAGACGCGUCGCGUGAGCUUAACACCGAUGCUAAUAUCACUGGAGAUGAUCCGAAUGAAAGGCAAUGGCAGUCGACAGAUGUUGAGAUGCAUAAACCGGUUGACGCGACAGACAGUGAAUCUUCUGCAUCACCAAAAGUGAAAGAUCAGUUUCAGGAGGAGUUGGUCAUCCGACCCCUGCACUCCGGUGACAUUUAUGCAAGCUUCCAGUUCAGCACAGUAUGGGAUACAGAUUUCUUACAGGAUGGAGAAAAGGUUUCCCAUUACCGGCUCUUCCCCAAAUCCCUCGGCCAGGUGCUGUCCAAGUUUUCUGUGCGGGAGCUGCACAUCUCCUUCACCCAGGGCUACUGGAGGACCAUGCAGUGGGGACAGCCCUUCAUCCCCUCUCCACCUGGAGCUGAGCUCUGGGUCUGGUUUCAUGACACUGUCACUGAUGUGGAUGGAAACUGGAAGGAGCUUACCAAUGUCCUCUCUGGAAUCUUCUGUGCGUCUUUGAACUUCAUUGACUCAACCAACACAGUGCAACCCAGCGCUUCUUUUAAACCGCUCGGUCUGGGAAAUGCUACAGAUCACCGUUUUUUACGAUAUGCGACAUUGCCACGUGAGAUCGUCUGCACUGAGAAUCUGACGCCCUGGAAGAAACUUCUGCCCUGUGGUUCUAAGGCAGGUUUGGCUGUUCUCAUGAAGUCAGAGAAGCUGUUUCACAGUAGUUUUCACUCUCAGGCCGUCCACAUCAGACCCGUCUGCCAGGAUGGGCAAUGCACCAGCACAGCAUGGGAGCUGAGGCAAACUCUCAAUGUCGUGUUUGAUCUUUACACUUCAGGUCAAGGCAAAAAGGAAUGGUCCCUGUUUAAGAUGUUUUCUAGGACUCUGACGGAGGCCUGUCCUCUUGCGUCCUCUAGUAAAGUUUAUGUGGAUGUCACAGACAACCCAGAGGGGGAGCAGUUUGAGCUGAGCCCUGCCACUCCUGUCCUCAGCCAAGCUGUCGUGUUGGGGGAUCGCAGGACGUAUUCGGUGUACGACCUGACCAAAGCAGAGACUUUCGGACAGUUACGAUCACUCAAUCUCCUGCUACGAUGGAAAGGAGAAAGCGGUGAAAUGUUGCGUCCUCUGCUGCAUGCAGAGCGCUAUGUGGCCGGUUUUGGGCUUCAGACAGGGGAAAUUCACACUGUAAUCUACAAUAACCACCCAUUUCGAGCCUUUCCAAUAUUGCUGCUGGACUCCAUACCCUGGUACCUGAGGUUGUAUGUUCACACCCUGACGGUCACAAGCAAGUCCCGUGAUAACAAACCAAGUUACAUUCACUAUCAGCCCUCUAAAGACCGCCAGCGUCCUCAUCUGCUUGAGAUGCUGAUUCAGUUACCCCCUCAUUCUGUGACCGAGGUCACCGUACAGUUUGAACGAGCCCUGCUCAAAUGGACAGAGUACCCUCCUGACCCCAAUCAUGGCUUCUAUGUUGGAUCUUCUGUGAUCAGUGCUCUGGUGCCAAGUAUGGUUGCAAUGAACACAAACUUCACACAGGAGCAACCGUUGUUUAGCACUUUUUUUCCAGUGAAAGAGGAAUCGAACUACUUCAUACGAGUCUACACCGAACCUCUCCUGGUGAAUUUACCUACACCCGACUUCAGCAUGCCGUACAACGUCAUCUGUCUCACCUGCACGGUGGUCGCGGUUGGAUACGGCUCCUUUUACAACUUGCUGACCCGCACGUUUCAGGUGGAUGAGCCGGGCCUGCCGCUGGCGAAGCGUCUGGCCAACCUGAUUCGUCGAAUCAGGGGAGUCCCACUGCUGACCUAAGUGCACAUCAAACAGCUGAGAGAACUGUGACACUAAAACAACGACAACUACUGGAGCUUUAAUAUGCUUUUGGCCCUGCUAGGACCUGGAGACUUACUGUAUGUUUAACAAAUGAGCUCCUAUGAUGGAUGUAUUUUUUUCAGGAAGAAAUGUUUGUAAAAUUUUAACAACCGUGGCUGUCGGCAUUUCUCGUGAUGAUAAUGCACGGUUCGGUUUGCUCAGGCAUAGUUCAGGGCAUCUGGGAGAGAUCUUAAUGUUAAAAUGUCGAAAGCACAGCCAAGGACAGGCGGUACAGCGUAACUACUGAUGAUGGAAACUUGCUAUGAAUGAAACAAAUAGUUUCCACUUGCUGUAAUGCACUUUUAUUUAAAUACAUGUUGUUGUUUUGAAAGAUUGGACUGUUUUUACUUUUUAUGCAGGCAUGCAAAGAUCACCACUGAGGCUGGGUGCUGUUUCAUUCAGUUUGUGAAGCAGAUCUCUGAAUCUGUCCAAUAAUAAACUGAACAGAAACAAAUAAUGUGUGCUGACUGAGACAAUUCUAUGUCCAAAUGUGGUGUUUUUCAUUCCUGCCUGAAGGAAGAAUGUGUUUUAGGAUCCAUUUGGCUGCUAUUAUGCCAUUCUGUUUGAAUUAUGCGAAAGAUCCUAUCCACUGAUGUUAGAUGAAGGUCAUUUGGAUAAACAGAAAUCCAUCUUUUCUUUGUUGUACAUGUAACUGUCGUAUUUAGUUGGGGUAGUGCUAACCCAUCCUCUAUUCUUUCAUUUUUAGCUUGGCACAUCAUUGGACUUCAUACAUUACUAUCAGCUUUAUACAUCACUGUCUUGACAUUUCCUGACAAUUGCUUUGACCCGUUUGCAGCCA